AUGAGCGAUAACAUAGAUCCGAAUUUUGAGCCUCAAAUUAGGGCCAGAUCUAAUACAUGGCCUUUGAGGCCUAACAGGGAGUUGUUGGAAGGACAGGGUAGUCCAGGUGCUGAGGAUUCCACUGAUUUACAAUCCAAAGAACCUCGUGAUCCGCUAGGAUUAAAUACUAAGAAAAGUGGGUCGAGAAGAAAUGCUUGGGGAAAUUUAUCUUAUGCAGAUCUUAUCACGAAAGCAAUCCAAAGUACACCCGAAAAACGUUUGACAUUGUCCCAAGUGUAUGACUGGAUGGUCCAAAAUGUGCCAUAUUUUAAGGAUAAGGGAGAUAGUACCAGUUCAGCUGGAUGGAAGGUAUGUAUUUGGAUAACUAUUUAUUUUGUCACUGUGCCGAGAUGUGGUUGUAAGAAAAGUUAG